GCAAAAACUCCAAAAACUUUUCGAACACCAAAGAAGUUUCUCUUUAUUCCUGCGACACUGAUCUUUGUCCCAAGGUCUGCGAUGGCUUGCACGAGUUGGCUCCACCUCCACUCUCCUUCUUUAACGCGCGUUUUCGUUCCCAUUCUCCACCACCCAACCGCUCUCUCGACCGCCUUCCUUCACCGGCUCAACCGUUUCACUUCACCCGCGCGGUUCAUCUCCUCGCUAAAUCAAACCAAUCCUCAGCUGACUCCUGUCCACGCUCAAGCCAAGCGAGGCUUCUUAUCCAAAGACGACGAAGUCGCUUCCAUGGAGGAUCUUCGGUUCGAUUCGCCGCUGAAAAUAGUGGAGUAUCCCGACCCGAUAUUGAGGAAGAGAAAUAAACGAAUUGAUACUUUCGAUGAGAAUUUGAAGAAGCUUGUCGAUGAAAUGUUCGACGUUAUGUACAAAACUGAUGGCAUUGGUCUGUCAGCUCCCCAAGUAGGAGUUAAUGUUCAACUUAUGGUGUUUAAUGCGGUUGGCGAGCGAGGUGAAGGACAAGAAAUCGUCCUUGUAAAUCCGAGAGUUAACAAAUAUUCCAAGAAGACAGUGCUGUUUAACGAAGGUUGCUUAUCUUUUCCAAGAAUCUAUGCUGAUGUAGAGAGACCAGAAUCCAUAAAGAUUGAUGCACGAGAUGUCAAUGGUGCAAGAUUUACAGUUAAUUUGUCAGGGCUUCCUGCACGGAUUUUCCAACAUGAAUUUGACCACCUUCAGGGGAUUCUGUUCUUUGACAGAAUGACAGAUGAAGUUCUUGACAGUAUUCGCACACAGCUAGAGGCCUUAGAAAAGAAAUAUGAGGAUAUGACUGGACUCCCCAGCCCUGAAAAGGUAGAAACCCGAAAAAGGAAGAAAGCUGCUGCUGGUUUUGGAAAAUCAUGAAUGUCUAGAGAGGCUUCCUCAAUCAUGUCAGGUUCAUGACAAACAGAAAUUAAUUAAAACUUUGAUUCCUUUUUGUUGUCAUCUCAUUUACCCUUUAGAUUGUGUGCUGAUUUAGGUGGCUGUGAUGCUGAAAGUGCCAAUUACUGGAGGUUGUUCACAGGACCAUAAUAGCUUAAAUACAAGAAUCAUGGAGUUUUGUAGGUUUAAUAGAUGAUACAAGUUGUCAAGUUCAGGGAGGCAUGUGAUUCAUGUCUUUUUCGUAAAACAAUUAGCAAUUAGUUAUUGUUCAUAGGUUAUCUUGUUAAUUGGUAAAUGGGAAAAUUGAAGUCUACCCUUAGUUUCUUAACAGGUUUCCUAUCUGUUCACUCAUUUAUCCAUUCUCAUCAUCUUUUAUAACUCAUUUUCUUUCCCAUAUAGUUUCAAAAUUUCACCCCAUACGACAAGUAUUAUAUUGUGUUGUUUGAUGGUGAAUUACUUCCCUUCUUUUUGGAGCUUUGUGUUCUUUUUCUUUGGUAUUCAAGUUUAUUAAUUUUGCUGAAGUUUGCAAUUGAUUAUGUCCUUACUUGGUAUUUAUUCCUUUUAACUUACACAUUGCAAUACACAGCGUUUGCGAAUGAUGUUCCACAAUACUGUUCAUGUGGCCAAAUGAUCUUGAUGAACCCUUCCUUUUCACUAUUUCAAUAUAUGGUUACUAGAUAGUAGAUUGU